AUGUCAUCAGAUAUUUCAGAAAAAAUUCAACAAGCAAGAAGAGAUGCUGAAUCAAUGAAAGAACAAAUUAGAGCAAACAGAGAUGUAAUGAAUGAUACUACUCUCAAAACUUUUACUCGUGAUUUACCAGGUCUUCCAAAGAUGGAAGGUAAAAUUAAAGUUAGAAGAAACCUUAAGGGUCAUCUUGCUAAAAUCUAUGCUAUGCAUUGGGCUGAAGAUAAUGUUCAUUUAGUUUCUGCCUCUCAAGAUGGUAAAUUAUUAGUUUGGGAUGGUUUAACUACCAACAAAGUCCACGCUAUUCCAUUAAGAUCAUCAUGGGUUAUGACAUGUGCUUAUUCACCAACUGCUAACUUUGUUGCUUGUGGUGGUUUGGAUAACAUUUGUUCCAUUUAUAAUUUACGUAGUAGAGAACAACCAAUUAGAGUAUGCCGUGAAUUAAACUCUCACACUGGUUAUCUCUCAUGUUGUAGAUUCCUCAAUGAUAGACAAAUUGUUACUUCAAGUGGUGAUAUGACAUGUAUUUUAUGGGAUGUUGAAAAUGGUACAAAGAUCACAGAAUUCUCUGACCACAACGGUGAUGUCAUGAGUGUCAGUGUUUCACCAGAUAAAAACUAUUUCAUCAGUGGUGCUUGUGAUGCUACCGCCAAAUUAUGGGAUUUACGUAGUGGUAAAUGUGUUCAAACUUUCACUGGUCACGAAGCUGAUAUUAAUGCAGUUCAAUAUUUCCCAAAUGGUUUAUCAUUUGGUACUGGUUCUGAUGAUGCUUCAUGUAGAUUAUUUGAUAUUCGUGCCGAUCGUGAAUUAAUGCAAUACACCCACGACAACAUUUUAUGUGGUAUUACAUCCGUUGGUUUUUCAUUUUCAGGUCGUUUCUUAUUUGCUGGUUACGAUGAUUUCACUUGCAACGUUUGGGAUACAUUAAAGGGUGAACGUGUUCUCUCUUUAACUGGUCACGGUAAUCGUGUAUCUUGUCUUGGUGUACCAACCGAUGGUAUGGCUUUAUGUACAGGUAGUUGGGAUUCUCUCCUCAAGAUUUGGGCUUAA